GGCGGAGCCGGGCGGCGCGCGCUCCGGGGCGUGCGACUUGACGGGCGUGGAACGGCCGUUAGACGACCUGAGGAGCGGAUUCGCCGCUCGUGCGGACGUGGUGGCCGCCUUCAGUAUCCCAGAGUGAGGGGGUUCGCCGCUCGCUCUCAGUUGUCUCAGGUAACCGAUGGCCAUGCAAGAAAAAUACCCAAGUGAUAGGUCUCCUCACACUGCUUCACCGGGUUCCAAUGUGAUUCAAAAAGGCAGUUCUCUGGGAACCGAAUGGCAGACACCAGUUAUCUCAGAGGCUUUUCGGAGCCGCUUCAGCCGCUGCUCAAGCAUAGCUGACAGUGGGGACACAGCCAUUGGAACAUCAUGCUCAGACAUUGCAGAGGAUUUUUGCAGCUCAAGUGGCAGCCCUUCCUUCCAGCCAAUCAAAAGCCACAUAACCAUUCCAACAGCCCAUGUGAUGCCUUCCACUUUGGGGGCCUCUCCUGCCAAACCAAGCCCUACUCCUUCCGGGCCUUCUUCUGCUAAACUCCCUUUGUCAGGAUUGACUGAAGGUGUGGGGAUGACCAGAAAUGGAGACUUCGGUGCGGUGAAGCGUUCUCCGGGCCUCUCAAGAGAUUUUAUGUACCUCCCUAGUGCUGCUGGAGAAAAUGGGAUUCAGCAGUCCUGGUUUCCAGCAGUGGGCCAUGAAAGAGAGGGGGAGAUGAGGAAGUUUGAUGUUUCCAGUAUGGAGUCUACCCUUAACCAGCCAGCCAUGCUAGAGACAUUAUAUUCAGAUCCACAUUACCGAGCCCAUUUCCCCACCCCGAGACCGGAUACCAAUAAGGAUGCAUACAAAGUGUUGCCGGAGUCCAAGAAGGCACCAGGCAGUGGUGCAGUAUUUGAGCGGAAUGGACCACAUGCUAGCAACAGUGGGGUGCUCCCUUUGGGACUCCAGCCUGCUCCUGGGCUUUCCAAGUCACUAUCCUCUCAGGUUUGGCAACCAAGUCCCGACCCUUGGCAUCCUGGAGAACAAUCCUGUGAACUCAGUACUUGUCGACAGCAGUUGGAAUUGAUUCGGUUACAGAUGGAACAAAUGCAGCUUCAAAAUGGAGCAAUCUGUCACCAUCCUGCUGCUUUCACUCCAUCACUGCCCACCUUAGAGCCAGCACAGUGGAUCAGCAUCUUGAACAGUAAUGAACAUCUCCUGAAGGAGAAGGAGCUUCUCAUUGACAAGCAGAGGAAACAUAUCUCUCAGCUGGAGCAGAAAGUGCGAGAGAGUGAACUGCAAGUCCACAGUGCACUUUUGGGCCGCCCUGCCCCCUUUGGGGAUGUCUGCUUGUUGAGGCUACAGGAGUUGCAGCGAGAGAACACUUUCUUACGGGCACAGUUUGCACAGAAGACAGAAGCCUUGAGCAAAGAGAAGAUGGAGCUUGAAAAGAAACUGUCUGCUUCAGAAGUUGAAAUUCAGCUCAUCAGGGAGUCUCUCAAAGUGACACUGCAGAAGCAUUCGGAAGAGGGGAAGAAGCAGGAGGAAAGGGUUAAAGGUCGUGAUAAACAUAUCAAUAAUUUGAAAAAGAAAUGUCAGAAGGAAUCAGAGCAGAACCGGGAGAAGCAGCAGCGGAUUGAAACCUUGGAGCGCUAUCUCGCUGACCUGCCCACCCUAGAAGACCAUCAGAAACAGACGGAGCAGCUUAAGGACGCUGAAUUGAAGAACACAGAACUGCAAGGGAGAGUGGCAGAGCUGGAGACUAUGCUGGAGGACACACAGGCCGCCUGCAGGGAGAAGGAGGUUCAGCUGGAAAGUCUGAGACAAAGAGAAGCGCAAUUCUCCUCUGCUAGACAUAGCUUUCAAGAUAAACAGUCUUUGGAGGAAGCCAGUGGUGAAAGCCUCAAAGUGGAAAUGGAAUCCCAGCAGAAGGAAUGUGAUUCCCUCCGAAAGAUCGUGGAGAGGCAACAGCUGAAGUUGGAGCAGCUGCACUCGCAGGUCCAGAGCCAAAAGCAAGAACUGGCACAAGAAGAAGGAAUAAGCCAGGCGUUGAGAGAGGAGGCCCAGCGGAGGGAGACAGCCCUGCAGCAGAUGCGCACAGCCGUGAAGGAGCUCUCAGUGCAAAAUCAGGACCUGAUUGAGAAGAAUCUGACACUGCAAGAGCACUUGCGCCAGGCCCAGCCAGGGUCCUCGUCAGGGUCCCCAGACGCCGCCCAGCUGGCAUAUGAGCUGCACCAGGAACUGGCCAGUUGCCUUCAAGACCUGCAAGCUGUCUGCAGCAUUGUGACCCAGAGGGCCCAGGGCCACAGUCCUAACCUCUCUCUGCUCCUAGGCAUUCACUCCACCCCUCACCCAGGGACACAGCUAGAUCUGCAGAAGCCAGAUGUGAUCAGGAGGAAACUGGAAGAGGUUCAGCAGCUUCGCCAUGACAUUGAGGACUUAAGGACCAGCCUGUCAGACAGAUAUGCCCAGGACAUGGGAGAAAACUGUGCCACACAGUGAGGAGUGCCAGGGAGGGCCUAGGCUGCUGCUAGCCCCGCCAGAAGGUUCCUUCCCUGACAGUUCUGCCUUUUGCUGCUGCACCCAGAGGGAGAGCCUGUAUCUGGGGCCAGGGUUGUGAGAAGCCUGCCUGUUUUGCCGUACUCUGGCUUUGCCUUAUUGGCUUAUGUUUCGCCUGUUAAGUCACUCUUAAAGGCCGAGUUACUAAUUAACCGUUUUGCAGAUUUCAACUGAUAACGUUCUCACGAGUUGUUCCCAGCUCCAGUCUGCCAUGAGAAGCAGACAGGCUGCUUGCCUCCCUUCAUCCUCUGGGAUGGACCCCUGUUCAUUCCUACCCAUCCCUUGGUCCUACUGAUGCUGUAGUGAGAGAGGCCUCAAGGGUUAAGUAGGAGUAGCGACCUUUGAGAAUUCUCAGGCCCAUUGUAUCAGCCUUCCUGGGAACUCAGCUGGCUUCUGGGUUCUCUCAGGUACCUGCUUCCUCAGGGCUCUUGUUCCCACAGAGGCCUCAGGGUUUUGUACCCCACAGCAAAGUCCCUACUGUGCCUAGUGGCUUGGGACUAGCAGGGCUCUUGAGCCUGCCUGCUGUGCCGUCUUUUACAGGAAGCUCUUCCUAGCUGCCGUUUGUCUGUCCCUAGAACCCUGGGCGUGUGGGCAUGCGCUUGGGUCUUCUCUUCUAUGGCUGCCCUGUGGUUCCCGCAUAAGCCCACAGGGCAGCUGUCACUGCUCGCUCCUUCCUAAGACUGGGGUCUGUAGCUGCUCUGAAUUGUGCCUCUCAUUUGGGGUUUGGAGGGUUUCCUUUUCCUGCUCUGACCUUGAGCGUUCAGAGCACCUAGUGUGGGUCAGCACUAAGGUGAAACAGUCUUGAGUGUUUCCUGGUGUUUUGUGUUUCUCUAGAGCCUUUGACCCUUAACUUCAUGGUUUUUCUUGCCUUCCGAUUUAAGGAUUGUCUCGGUUUUAUCUGGUUGUUGGGCCAGCCCUCAACCUCCUCUAGUUUGGAGCUAAUACGGGCUCCAUAUGUAUGAGGAGCAGAAUAGUCGUGGGGGUGCAGAGGCAGCCAUGACAGGACUUCUGCUAAGCCUGUGGGCUGUUAAAAGCACUCUGGACCUCCAGGGCCUAAGUGGGCCUCUUUACAAGUGUUUUAACAAGUUUAUGUUUUAUUUAUGGAGUGGCUUACCUUUCAGAGUAGCCACACCCAGUUGACUAUCCCCUCAGCCUCUGGGCUGCUGCCUCCUAGAAACAGAGCUUCCUGGUUGGUCUCCCCCAUGUCAUGUGGAGCCCAGCCUCCAUGCUCACGGGUACUUUCUUGGUAAAGUUUAUAAAGUUAUUUAUAUGAAUCUUUGUUAUGUUGACUGGUUUUAUUGCCUAUUUUGAUUACAGAAUAAAACGUUUAACAAA